CGACAGUGACUUGGUUUUACUUGUUAUGAUGCCGGUAUUAAAAUCAAUGGGAUCACCUGCUAGUCUUUAGUCUCGCUGGAAUAAAAGUCUUCAACAUCUAAACGCAGACGAGUAAAGGUAUCUUUUUUUACUUUACUCUUCCGUAUUCUCAGAUAACGACGGGAAAAAGUCAAGAUAAUUUCACGUACACAACUCUUCAGAAGAAGAACGGAAGCAAGAAAGGAUAAGAUGAUGGUGCGAUUCGUAGCCUUACUCGGGGCAGUCAGCCUACUGGUAUGUCAAUCUGCAGGACUUGAUGCCGCAGACGUCGAGGAACAAGACGAGUUCAACAAACCCUAUGCUCCUGACAGUUCGUAUGCGGAUUUAAAUGCACUUUUGGGCAACAAUGUGCCAAGUCUACACAGCGCCUCCAAGCGUCAACAAAGUGACAGGGAGCGUGAGGUUGAAGCAGCCCAGACGCAAUUUUACCCGUAUGGAAGAAGAACUGAUCCCAGGAAAGCGUCUGGUGGAUUCACCUUUGGCAAGAGAGGGCAGUAUUUUAUCCCCAUUCCGUACGAGAAACGAGAGAUGGAUGAGGUGAACCCGUACAGCGUAGCUAAGCGCGACGACGAGCUGACCGGACUAGAGGAGUACCAAGCUAGCAAGAGGUCAGGUCCUUAUUCCUUUAACAGCGGGCUGACCUUUGGCAAGAGGGAACCCGAGAAGAGGAACAUAUUCGGAUCUUAUGACUUCGGGAAGCGGGCUUACGGCAACAAUUUCAGCUUCGGCAAGCGAGGCAUGGGAGUGUCCAGUUUUAGCUUUGGCAAACGAUCCGGACUUGAGGGUGAACAAAUGAUGCCGGAAGACAAACGGGCGUUCGGAGACUUUUCCUUCGGCAAGCGCAAUAAUGGUCUGUCCAGCUUCACAUUCGGCAAGCGAGAGGGUGAACGAUAGAACACGAGAGGGCGCCAUACUGUCUACAAUGUGAUAAUUAUAGUAUCUUAAUUAUUUCAAAACCAUACUUGAUAAGAAAUAACUGCUUGCGUUUUGAGUUAAAACAUCAGUUCCAAGUAUACAAACAAAUUUUAAAUAACAUUGUUUAAAGCACGGAUUUUGAAUUAAAAUGAAACGAUAACGCAAAAGUGUGUAAAUAUAAGCAUAGUAAGCUAUCAACAUCUAGAAUUAUGGAAGAUAUUUCAAGAUACUAAAACUUGGAAGCUUUAGUUAAUUUUAGAUCUGGUUGAGAUUCAAGUCUUCUUUUCUAGAUUUUGUUUCCAGCCAGGGCUUUUACUAUCCUUAACGUUUGGGGAAAUUGCCAGGGUUGUGGUCACCUUGUUAAGGUCCUAAACAACACAUUUUUUGUUAGUAAAAAAUUACCCAAUUAAGACAAUUCAUGAGUAAGCGACAAAAACUUAAUAAUUUAGCAUAUUUGCUUACGUUAGUUACUACAACAAUAAUUGAAACUUUCUUAAACACGGUUUUUCUAGUAUGCUUUCCUGGUCAGCAAUUAACUUGUAGAUGUUUUUCAAAUACUAUGAAUUCAUAUCUACGUAGAAAUCUUAAAGAUGUUUUCUGUGAUUAAGUUUAGAACAACCUUAGCCAACAAUCUCCCGGAAUCUUACUGCGCAUGCUUACUAAUCACAAUAUGAAUGCUGCCACCUUGCGACCAAAUGAGUCCAACCCGUUUGGACCAGUCAACUCUGAAUGUAAAUUAGAACCAUUACCAAUAAUUAUUCUUACAAAAUCAACCAUUCUAAAGAAAAUAUGUUAAUGAAGAAAAGUCAAAAGCGAUAUCUCGUUGCAAUUUCUUGCAUGGAGUAGUUUUUUCAUUCAUUAUAUUGUGUACCUCAUACAUUAAUAAUCGUUAAAUUUACUUUUAAUAACUUAUACAAAAACAUUGAAUUUUAGAGAAAUUAAUACAUUACACUAUUGACAAAUGGAAUUCGUACUUACGAAUAGGGACAAGCUCUUUACCAGAUAGAAUUAACAAUAGAUGCGAUCCUAUAAUUAAUUAAAUAAUUUAAGGAAAAGUACAUACAAGUUUCCCAAACCAAUAGAGUUAGGUUGUUUUUAUUAGUGUAAUUUGGAGGAAAAGGCGGUUUCCAAGGGAAUAGUGUCCCUCUGUGAAUUUGCUUAUAGGAAAUUAACAUGGGCUGGAGGAGAAUAUUCAAAAGAGGGUGCUAUCAGAAGAAGUUUAUACACAGUUCGCUGAAUGCAAAGAUAUCAUACCCUGUCGCAGAGGAACCGUGGUUGAGUACGAUAAAGUAUAACAUUUUAAUUUAGCCUUUUUUCAUAAGGCGUAAGAUAUUUUCUUCCAAGGUAAAAAAAUAAACAGCCCCCUGGUAUCCUACCGGUGUCUACAAAGCAGGUGAUCAACAGGGUGUACCAGCCAAGCUUCAAACUGUUCCCUUUUGGGUCACUCUUGUGGAUUCCAUGAGUACAUGAUAAUAUGACCAAGGUCAGGGGGAUGGCUCAGUGAGCUAUUAUUCCCAACCGCUUCGAUAACUUUAUAUCAUCAGCUCACAGUCAAUACAGCUACAGAAAUGGGUCUGAAAGAAAACACCAGGUGGACUGAAUAUCAAAGCGGGCAUGCAGUGAACACCAGGUGGGCCUACUGGGGCCGUUUUUACCAUGGGAGAAAGAUCUCAGGCCUAGUGAUUUUGUGUUUGAGUGUUACCGGAAACAAUCCACAUCUGAUUUAUUGAAAUUUGUUAAAUUUCUCGUGUUUCUUUUUUUGGGGAGUGAGGUUUUUUGACUUCAAGAAUUGCGAUUAUAAUUGUUUCUGUUGCGGAGACUGAAAUUAAACGUAACAAAAACAUUUGUUCACAACUUAUGUUGAGA